CACCUCUCAUUACUCAUCAGUCGGGAUUUAGUACUCACAAAAAAUGGAGAAAAUCGUAUUCAUCACACUUCUAGCAAGCGCAUUCGCGGCUCCGGGAUACUACGUACCCCUUGCCAAGUCUACUCUAACGACUAGCAGUCAAACGGUUGACCACGGCAGUAGCCACAUACUCCACGCACCACUGAUGGUUCCUCUUGCGAAAACAACAUCGACGCACAGCAACCAAGUUGUCAACCACGGAAGUACCGCGAUAUACCAUGCUCCUGCUGUUUACCACACACCUGCCGUUUACCACGCGCCCUUACACCAAGUGACCACAGUGGAACAUCACCCAGUUGUCUUCCCCGCUACCUCCAUCUACUCUUACAAGACUCCUGACUCAGCUAUAACACAUCACUCCUCGGAAGUACAUGAAACUGUGCCUUAUUAUGCGUACCAUUAAAUUUUAAAUUAUUA